UCCUAUGUUAAUCUUCUUUUCUUUUCAAAUUUAUAAGAUUUUUUUUUAAUAAUAUGAUUUUGAUUGCUGAUCAAUGAUCAUGAAUUUGUAUAACCCUUAAAGGUUUUCACCUUUUCCUCCAGAACCAGUUGCUCUAAACUAUGGUCAUGAUGCAAAUCAUGAAAUCCCUCUUGCUACUAUUACUAGACCCAGUUUUGAGGUUAGUGUAUUUACCUAUUUCCAUCUCCAUGCAUGUCAGUUUGCAAUUGUAUUCUGAAAUUCAGCAGUGAUUAUGGUUUUCUGAUUUGCAUUGUUCAAAUUAUCCGAGGAAUUGAAGAGGAAAGAGAGGAAGAUUGGUUAUGGCAGUUGAACUUAACCAACGGUAGGAGGUAUAUAUAUCAAGGAGAUUGAACUUGUGACACAUGUAGACUUUUACAACUUGCACUCAUCUGUUUCUUUGGGGACCUACAGCAUGGGAAGUGAAGCAGAAAGAAAAGGCUUUAGCAAGAGGUAACUUGCAUUUGAUGUUGAAUUUUGUUGCUUACUCAUCACAUCCCUAUAGUGGCCUGUUUCUAUUUCCUUUGAUGGGCUAUUAGCCUUUCAUUCGUUCCAUGACUUCUAAUUUUUUGUUCCGCUGAUUGGCCACCAUUUGCCCUAAUCAUUCAUAAUGGUAUUGCACAUGAUAUACUGAUUUAUCUACAAAAGUUUAUGUAUAUUGCCUUUUCAUCAUUCUUAGGUAUGCUAGCUUUUCCAUUUUUACCUUUAGAUAUGGUUAUUUUGGCCUUGCAUUGUGGUAGAUUGUAUUCAUUGAUUGAGUACAUGCAAUGGUAUACAAGAUGUUAUGGUUGUAAGCUUCUGUACUGGCACAUGCUAUGAAUGAUAUAUUUUUUUCCCAUAUGUAGGAUUGGUUCUAUGCUUUUUCUAGAAUGACAUAGCUGCUACUGUAACAUGCAUCAAAGGGGAAGGUUGGAGGCCAAGUGGUAAUGAGAACUGCGUCAAUUAGUCUUAUCCAAUCCAAGAAGCAUUAUCUUGGGGAAUUGGAUCUAGUCUUGCCAUAAUGGAAAUAGUUCACAACAUCUUACAAGAACUAAAGAUCAACCAUCACAGUUUUGAAAGUCACACAAUUGUUAAAAGAUCAGAAAGAUGCUCAUAUUUGUUUAUGGUGAAUAGAAGAGUAAACUCUUGACAGGGAAAUUAAGAAUGUAAAAUCAAGGUAUUUAUAAAACAAAGAAUGAGUCUUCAU